ACAUCGGUUCCCCAUCGCCGCCCUCUCAUUUGCUGCCGGAAUCCCUCGCCGACCUUCAGCCUUCCCCGCUCCUGCCCCAAUCCCUCGCCAGGCAACGACGGUAUUGCGGUGCACGAAAACCUCCAAAAAUCCCAAAAUUCACGUCUUUCUCCCCUGUCCGCUCCGCAAUGCAGCGCAUUUCUAGCUCCUGUCAUGUCAUUGCAGGUUAGAAAGAGGGAGAAAAAACUUAGAUAAAUACGGUGACAGAACCAUAGUCAUUGAAGUCACAAUUCAGCAAUGGGAUAUGUUAAAUUAGAAAUCCGAUGCCCAAAGAAUGUGGCUAUAGUAACUUCAGCUGAUCCAGAUCCUGUUUGGACUUUGGAUGAUCUUUUAUCAGAGCUGAAUUCCUUGGAGCUGCAACAUGGAGCUCGUAUUUCAGUUUCAUCUCCUCCGAAGAAGUCUAAAAUGAAAGAAAUGGCUAAUGGGAGUAAUAAACCUUUUGUUAUGCGCAUUACUGAUGAUGAUGUCUACGAAUCAGAAAGUGAGGAUGAAAGUACUGAUCAAAGGCUAAUUACUGGAACAAGAUUUGCUUUCCCUGAUGAUUACUUUAGUGAGUCUGAUGAAUUUGAUGAUGAAAUGCAUGAGAAAUCGACUCCAUCUCGUCUCAUGCAAAAGAAAAGCAUAGAAGAAGGGGCACUUUUUGAGCUUGAAAGUGAUCAUCAACUUAUGGUUAAGGAGCAACUUAGGAGCAAGUUGUCUUCUUUGGAGUUGUCUCAGAAAAUUGAGAGCGAGAACUCAUCUUUUGCCAUGCGCCGCCUUGAGAAACAAGCUGAAGCAAGACAGGAAUUGGAUAGAAGACUUGAUAAACAGUAUCAAAGAAAGAUAGCUGAAAUACUUGAUAAUCACUUGUCCAUCCUACAAAGGAAUCACGAACAAAGAUCACAAAUUGAAGAAAGAAGAAUUAGAGAUGAUGCAACACUUGAGGAAGCGAAGAGGAAGGAGAAGGCUCUAAUUGAUGAGAAACUGCGUCAAGAGAAAUCUAAAGCGGAAGCAGAGGUUAGAUUGAAUGCUAUUAAACAAGCUGAAGCACAAAAAGCAGCCCAGGAAGCUGAAAUAAGAGCAGCUAAAGAGGCUGCAGAAAAACAAGCUGCUAGAAUAACAGAAACAGCUGUAUUUGAUGCUUCGAAAAAGGAUUUGACAGAACCAAAAGGCGUAGAAAAUACUCGAACAUCUGGUAACAUUAAGCAAGGAGACUUUGUUACUAAGCAACUAGGCAUCAGGGUUAUUGCUUCUAAAGCUGCACUUGAAGCUGAGUCUAACCGUCUUGCAAUAUACGAUGAAGUGGCUGGGAGGAUCAAUGUUAUUGAUCAGAAGGUUAUUGAUAAACAUGGAAGGCAGAUGUAUAAAUAUAUUAAGCAAAUUGGAGGCACAGUGGAAAAUGUCAGAGCAAAAGCACAUGUUUUAGUGCAACUUAUUAAAGAUCCGAUGUUACCUCUUUCAAUCUCAUUGUUGGUCUUUGCAAACAAGGUUGUGUCUCUUUGUGAAAACCCUAGUGGAAGUUUUGAUAAGAGUGCCUUUGCCUGUGGUUGGGUUAUUGUUCUCAUUGCUUCACAGGUCCCAGAUGUCAUGGAUUUGGUACUAGCCGAGUUCCAUAGAAGUUGCAUUUACACUGUUCCGAAGCAUCUACAAGCUUCAGAUGCAGCUUCACAAACCAAGGACUACUGGAAAAUGUUAGGUUACCGAGAAGAAGAUGGGAAGAUUGAAAGCACCAAUGAAUUUUUAAAUCGUGUCGAGUCUUGCAUGAAAUUAUAUGCUGCUUUGAUUCAGACCGAGAUUGUUGGCGUUAAAAAUCCUUAUGGCUUGAAUUAUGGGUGGGCAUGGCUUGCAAUGUUCCUCAAUGCACUACCAGCUAAUAGAACUACAGCUGUUGCCUUAGAAGCCUUUUUGAAGAUGGCAGGAUUUUCACUGCUUAGAAAGUAUAAAUCUCAAUUCAUGAAAGUGCUAAAUGUCAUCUCUAGAAGAUUUCUGCCUUCUCUUAAGCAACGGGGCGAAGCUGUGCACGACAUUGUUAUGAAAUUGGAGCAAUAUUUGGAUGAUAAGAUUUACCUACGCGAACCAGAAGGGCGACAGCUUCAAGCUUCGUCUUUGUCGAAGUUCUUUGAAUGAACAGCUGAACAUAUUUUUUUGUAAGGCGUAAAGUUUAGGGUAGGAAUAUGGUUUUGUUUUGAGCCAAGGGGAAUGAAUUAUGCAGUUGAGAGGCUCAAAUUGAGGGCUACAAAUAACAAUCAAUCUGUAAAUUGUUUGAUUUUAUUUCAUUUUCCUUCAGUUCAAAUAAAGCCCUGAUGCAGGCAAUGCAAAUCACUUGUGUUUUCUUUUGGGGUUUUUAGGGUUCGAUGCAGAUUGCAUUUCUAGCGUUUGCACGUGUGACUAGUUGGUCUUGUUGAGUCCGGUUGUCUGCUUUAGAUAAAUA